AGAGACCACCUCCAAGGCUUCUGGCACUAUGGCCUCUCUGAAGAUGCUGCUCCUGGCUGCCCUCCUCCUGGGGGCUUCCCUGCAGCACGUCCACGCAGCUCGAGCCACCAAUGUGGGCCGGGAGUGCUGCCUGGAGUACUUCAAUAGCGCCAUUCCCAUCAGAAAGCUGGUGGACUGGUACAAGACUUCACCGGAGUGUCCCAAGAAAGCCAUCGUGUUUAUAACCAUCCAGGACAGGUACAUCUGCUCAAACCCUGAUGAUAGGAAGGUGAAGAGGGCAGUUAAACACCUGCAAAACCGCUCUGCGUCCCGCCGCUCCACCACCCAUUUGUCCUGA